UGUUUAUAAUGGCGGACACAAAAGCAGAAAGUUCAGUUGACAGUUCAGCUCUGAUCCCGAACAGCGGCAAUGUCUCCUCUCAGACAAACAACCCUCUGGCCAGGAAGCUUAAUAAGAUUUUGGAAACCCGGCUGGAUAAUGACAAAGAGAUGCUGGAAGCUCUGAAGUCCCUCUCAGUUUUCUUCACUGAGAACAGUCUACGGACACGGAGGAAUCUGAGGGGCGACAUCGAGAAGCGCAGUCUGGCCAUCAAUGAAGAAUUUGUGCGGAUAUUCAAAGACGUGAAAGAGGACCUGGAGAGUAUACAUGAAGAUGUCCAAGCCAUGAGCUCUUGUUGUGAAGAAAUGACCAGUAGGUUAAAGGCAGCUAAAGAACAAACCCAGGACCUGAUUCUGAAAACCAACAAACUACAAGGAGAAAAUCAUCGUCUGGAGGUGCGUGCGCAGGUGGCCCAGGCUUUUCUGUCAAAGUUUCAACUGUCCAGUGAAGAAAUGGCUAUUUUACGCGGUGCCCGUGACGGCCCAAUAACUGAGGAUUUCUUUAAAGCUCUGACUCGGGUGAAGAGCAUACAUGAGGACGUCAAGGUUUUGCUCAGGACCAACCAGCAAACAGCAGGACUGGAGAUCAUGGAGCAAAUGGCAGUGUUGCAGGAGACAUCAUAUGAACAACUCUACCGCUGGGCACAGAAUGAGUGCCGGGGGUUGACUCAGGAGACGUGUGAUGUUCCUCCAGUGCUGACUCAAGCCAUGGAGGCUUUGCAGGACCGUCCUGUUCUUUAUAAAUAUACACUGGAUGAAUUUGGCACAGCCAGGCGCAAUGCGGUGGUCCGAGGCUUCAUAGAUGCACUAACGCGGGGGGGUCCAGGGGGCACCCCCAGACCAAUAGAGAUGCAUUCUCAUGACCCUAUGAGGUAUGUGGGGGACAUGCUGGCAUGGCUGCACCAGGCUACAGCCUCAGAGAAGGAGCAUCUGGAGGCUCUCCUCAAACAGGUCACAGUGCAAGGUGUUGACGACAGCAUGCAGGAAAUUGUUGGCCACAUAACCGAAGGGGUUUGCAGACCACUGAAGGUGCGGAUCGAGCAGGUUAUAGUAGCAGAACCGGGCGCUGUGCUGCUCUACAAACUCUCUAACCUACUAAAGUUCUACCACCAUACAGUCAGUGGCAUCAUUGGCACAAGUGUUGCGUCUCUGUUGAUCACUAUUGAAGAGAUGCAUGUCCUCAGUAAGAAGAUGUUUUUCAACAGCCUUAGCCUCCAUGCUAGCAGACUCAUGGACAAGGUGGAACUGCCUCCUCCUGAUUUGGGCCCCACAGCCUCCCUCACUCAGACACUUUCUCUCCUUAGAGAGGUUCUCGCCUCCCACGACUCCUCUGUUCUCCCCCUGGAUGCCCGCCAGGCUGACUUUGCUCAGGUGUUGUCGUGCAUCCUGGACCCUCUGCUGCAGCUCUGCACUGUGUCUGCCAGCAAUUUGGGCACUGCAGACAUGGCCACAUACAUGGUGAACUCUCUCUACAUGAUGAAAACUACUUUGGCCUUGUUUGAGUUUACGGACAAACGGCUGGAGAUGCUUGAGUUCCAGAUUGAGGCUCACUUGGACACUCUGAUCAACGAGCAGGCGUCCUACGUGCUGACCCGAGCUGGACUCGGCUACAUCUACAACUGUGUACAGCAGCAUAGCGUGGAACAGGGUCCUCUAUCCAAUCUCCCAAGCAUGGACAGUUCAUCUCUAAAAGCAGCUAUGGUCCAGUUUGACCGCUACUUGUCAUCUCCUGAUGCUUUCAUGAUGCCUCAGCUCAACUUUCUCCUCAGUGCAGCUAUCAAAGAGCAGAUUUUCAAGCAGUCCACAGAGCUGGUGUGCCGUGCAUAUGGAGAGAUGUAUACAGCUGUAACCAACCCAGCCAACAACUACAAAGAGCCUGAGAGUGUGUUACACAGAUCCCCUCAGCAGGUACAGACCCUGCUGUCCUGAGCUCCAGCACACACUCCCACACAUCAUCACUGGGUCUGGGUCUGAACCAGUAUCACUGACUUUGGCGUCCAGAAGAUCAGGUGCCACACACUGGCUGGGCGGCAAUAUGAGCCAGUCAGUCAGAGGCGGACACAAUGUGGAUUCUAGUGGUGCGGCUGGGGUAGGCAUGGGUGGUGACAGUGUGUGUUUUAAACUUUUAAGCCACUUGGUGUCCUUCUCUUCGGCUCCCACAUUGUUGUGGGUAAAAGGCUCUGUUUGAGGAAGAGACAGAACAGCUCGCACUCUGCAAAAAAA